UAGUAAACAUGUUCGACAACAACAAUAACAAUAUCGAGAAGAAGAACAGCAAAAGUUAUUGGAAGUUGCUGCUAGAAAACAGAGAUUCGUAGAACGCAGAAUGAUAGGUGCUGGCAAGAUCAUGCUCGAAGAUGAAUCCACUAUCUGUGAAGACAUGCUUAAUGCUUUGGAUGUUAGUGGUCUCCAAGCAAAGGCAGCUGCUUUCAAUGAUUACAAUUUCGAGGCACCUAACCGAAGUCCAUUGGCAAUAGACAAUCAAAGAACAGCCAUUCUUGAACUUCUAAAAAAAAAAUGUCAUCAUUGUUAAGGGCUUUACCGGUUGUGGUAAAACCACUCAAGUUCCCCAAUUUGUUUUAGAUGAAUGCUACCGAACCAAAACUCCUUGCAACAUUGUUGUGAUUCAACCAAGGCGCAUUGCAGCCAUUAGCAUAGCCAAAAGGGUCUGCUAUGAAAGGGAUUGGACAUUGGGAACCGUUGUUGGAUACAGAGUUGGCAUGGAACAUCAAGUAAGUGAAUCAACUUUGCUCACCUAUCUGACCACAGGAUGCCUUCUUGAAGCAUUAGUAGCCAAAAAAUCCCUUGAAGGCUAUACCCACAUCAUUAUUGACGAAGUACACGAGAGGGAUGAAGAUACUGACUUCCUUCUCUUGGUCGUCCGCAAGUUCCUCCGUCAUACGAGGACGACAACUAAAGUCUUUCUGAUGUCAGUUACUUUUGAUGCCGACAAAUUUGGCCAAUAUUUCAAUAGCCCCGUCAUUGGAAACUUUCCGUUCACGUCCAAAAGACCAUUUCGCAACGCUCCCAUAAUUGAAGUGGAGCACGGUGAACCUCACGACAUACGCGUUUACUAUAGUGAAUAUCUUCAAAAACUAGAGUUUCUAGGGGGGAGUAUGAACUACCCCUAUGAUAGCGUACCGGAAAUCAAUAAGCUCAAAUACGAAGCGGUCGCUAAGUUAAUUUCGGCUUUCGAUGGCAGACGAGAGAUACAGCGCUACGGUCGCCAUCCAAAAUCCAAAAUAUGAAAACAUUUCCAGCAACCGCAGCGCAAUACUUAUAUUCCUGCCCGGCGUCUGUGAAAUAGAAAAUAUGCACAAAG